UUUGACAACUUAAUAAAUUCUGGCGCAAUUCGCAUAAAAAUUUGUUUAUAUGCUAAAAUAGUUUUGGUGUGUGCAAUACAAAAGUGUUAAUAAAUUGUAAAAAUUGAUAAAUAAAUAAUAAUGAGUGAAGAAAAUGCAGCAAAAACAAGUCGCAUGCCAUGGGUGGAAAAAUAUCGUCCCUCGAAAUUGGAUGAUUUAAUAUCCCAUGAAGAAAUUAUAUCAACCAUUAACCGUUUUAUCAAUCAAAAACAAUUGCCACAUUUGUUGUUUUAUGGCCCUCCUGGUACUGGUAAAACUAGUACCAUAUUGGCAUGUGCCAAACAAUUGUAUACACCGGCCCAAUUCAAAUCCAUGGUUUUGGAACUUAAUGCUUCUGAUGAUAGAGGUAUUGGCAUUGUUAGAGGUCAAAUUUUGAAUUUUGCUUCUACUCGUACAAUAUUUAGUGGCACUUUUAAGUUAAUCAUACUCGAUGAAGCAGAUGCCAUGACAAAUGAUGCCCAAAAUGCUCUUAGGCGUAUUAUUGAAAAGUACACGGAGAAUGUACGUUUUUGUGUUAUUUGCAAUUAUUUAAGUAAAAUCAUUCCUGCUGUGCAGUCCAGAUGUACACGUUUUCGCUUUGCUCCUUUAGUGCCGGAACAAAUACUUCCGCGUUUGGAUAAAAUUAUUGAAUUGGAAGAUUUAAAUGUUACCGAGGAUGGCAAAAAGGCUUUAAUGACUCUUUCUAAAGGUGAUAUGCGUAAGGUAUUAAAUGUUUUACAAAGUACUAGCAUGGCAUUUGAUGUUGUAAAUGAGGAUAAUGUUUACACUUGUGUUGGUCAUCCUUUGCGUAGUGAUAUUGAGAAAAUAUUGGAAACUCUUUUGUCCUGUAGAAAUUUAGAACAGGCUUAUAAUGAAAUACAUCGUAUUAAAUCGGUAAAAGGUUUGGCUUUGGAUGAUAUUCUCACAGAAUUGCAUUUAUUUGUUAUGAGGCUGGAACUUCCCAUGAGUGUUAUGAAUAAACUCAUAAUUAAAAUGGCUUCUAUAGAAGAACGGUUAGCCAAGGGUUGCACGGAAGGCCCUCAAACUACUGCUCUUAUAUCGGCCUUUUUUAUACAUCGUGAUCAAGUAACUUUGGAAAGUUAAGUGGUUGUCUUGUUGUCUUAUAAGUUUAGUCGUUAAGUAUAUUUUUUAAAAAUUCUUUUCUAUUAUCUUUCAUUUACAAAUAUCGGUUAUAAAAAUUGUCAGUGUUUAUAACAUUGUGAAUUUGAAUUAAUAUUAUUUCAGUACUUUUAUAUUUAUUAAUAAACUGCUUUUGUACUAAAAAUUCAA